GGGAAGGCCACAUAAGCUGACGCCCUCAGGGAAUUGGCUCAUUCUACCUCAACACUUCUUUGCGUUUCUUGGAGGACAGGUUUGAAAGAGCUCACUCGCCGGUGCUCAACUCGACUUGCACGCACGGCAGGCAAUAACACAGCGCUCAUUGCAGAACCUGGUUGCAACCAUGAGGCCCACAAUUGUUUUGGCAAGUGCCAUUGUCGCCGCAGUGCUCAUUCUGGAUGCAGCGCACGCCAGACCCUCUGCUGAAGUUGCCCUAUCUGGCGGAUACAGUUACAACCCUCCGAACGGCUUACGCUUAAACUAUCUGCCCCAAAGGCGGUACGACUCUCGCGCCAGGGCAGCCGGAGAGGUCACCAUCGAACGCGUACCACUCCGUCUGGUCCAUCAGAGCAUCGAGCAGCACCACCGCCCACACUUCCACGUCCACCCCAGCGGCCCCGCCCGCCGAGGCCCCUUCAACUUCCCCACCGGACGCCAUCACGAACCCUAUCAACGCUUCGUCUUCCCUUCGGCCGGAGGAUCGCCCUUCCCCAGAAACGACCUCGCCAGGGAUCAGUACCAACGUAACGAAUACCACCAGUAUGCCGAGCAGAAAAAUGACUUUUUGAAGGCACCACCACCCUCUGCCCCGUCCACAGGCUACACUUACGACAGGCCGGCUGUCACUCUGACAACCACGGAAGCCGCCCCCGUCACUACCACCACCCCUGAACCAACUACCACGAUCCCUGAGCACGAGAAACCACGCAUCACCAUCGCAAUCAGCAAGUCCACUGUGAUCCACACUGGCAAGGGCAGCUACCAAAUCGAUGAGAAAACCGGCAAACCCAAACCGAUCAUUGCCGAGGCGCACAGUUACGCCGGUUUGCCCGAACCGUCCUCCACCCCCAAAACGGUGGAGGGUGAUAACUUGACAGGCGAAGGAACCGGAAACUUCCCUAUCAUCACCAGGGGCACCCCUCCCAAGAACGAGGAGCCCAUCACCGAAAGCGAGGACCCCAUUACUGAGAGCGAAGUCGCCACGACGACUGAAAAUUCAGACACGACCACCCCUAACCCUGCCAACCCCAGCGACUCCUCUCCCUUUUCAACCUCGUGGCCGCUCACGGGACAGCAGUCAUACUCUGUGAUCGCCCCUGGACAGGCGCAGUUUGUCUCUUUGGGACACGUCAACCCCGGCGUCGUCGCCUUUUCGCAGAACAACCUUGUGCCCGCCUACAUCCAGCCCGAGAUCGCGCACCCCACCUACAGAAGCGCCUACCACCCCUUCGCCCCGGCCGCCACCUAUUACUACCAGCCGUACCAGCACCUGCUUUCGCCCUUCACCAAUUUCAUUGAGUACGCGCCCUCGGAAGACCUUUGCAAGGGAAAGGUUAUCCCUGAGGCCGCAGCCCCCGCCAUCGAGCCCGUAGGCAAAUCCGACCUUCCGCCAGCUCCCGUGGCCAAAGAGGGAAGACUAGUCAUCACCAAGGGCGGAAUCGCCAUCGCCGGCCCAGGUGGAAUUGCCGACUCCGGCGAGGGCGGCACCUCGAUUGUGGGCCCCGGCGGCACCGCUUACUCCAGCCCAAAUGGAGUGUCCGUCGUUGGACCUGGAGGAAAAGUGGUCAUGCAGGCUGACGGCACGGAGAGGAUCCUCGCCAGAGGCCCCAUUGUGUAUUUCCAUCAGGCAUAAACGAAUGAAUUUUAGCCUCGAUUAUGAAAAGACUUGCUUAGUUAUAAUAUAAUUUGAUUAGUCCAACGACAACGGCAUGAGUGCUUUUUUAAGGCGAGCUCUCUGCUAGAAUUUGUUAUGUUGGUUGUUAAAUUGUUACCGAAAUGAUGUUUGAAUGUUGAUUAUUUGAACAAUUGUAUAGUAUUUUCAUAAGUUACUAAUUAAAACACAAUCAUUUUAUCAAUUUUACACGUAUUUUUGCCGUAUCUUAUCAUCCUAAAAUUUUUGAAGACUUAAAAUGAUAAUUAUAUUUUAAACUUUAAUUUUAACUACCAAAAUUAAAAAUGUUUAAUGUUUAAAAAAAAAGUAAGGUGUCUGUUAUAUUUUCCAUUUAUUUUCUUAUUUAAAUCUCGAAUUAAGUAACAGGAUGUGCAAUGCACUUUUAUAAAAUAAAAGCAUUUUGCUUGUGCAGUGAUACAUGCAGAACUGUCGUAAAGCCUGUUCGCCUUAUCAGAUCUUAGUCUUCAAAAAUUUUAAUACCCCAUCAUCCAUUAUGAAACAUUUUAUUAUACUGUGCAACAAUGCGCCCACAUUUUAUUAUACAUUUGUACACAUAUUUGCAUGUUCAAGUCGCUAUGAUUACCAGCAAAAACUUGCCGAGCAUGUUAAUGCACAUACACAAUACAACAUCUCCCUGUGAUCUUGAUAAAGGAUGGUUCACAUUAAUCUUUUUUACGGCAGGCAUUUAUUUGAGCUUUUAAUUUUAACUCACCAGUCAAGCUGGCCGGUCCAUUAAUCAAAGCGCGCUACACAGUAUCCCCGUGCUGAGUUUGCAAAAAAAAAAAAUGCAAAUAUUAUUAUAAUCGCCACUAGCUAGAAUAACUGUACUUUUUGUGCUAGCAAAAAAACAACUGACGGAUAGAAUUUAUCAUGUGAUUUUUUUUCUCUUGUAUUGUUUAUUAAGCGCAAGCAUAUAAUAUAAAUAUGUAUAUUUGCGUCUUGAGGAAACUCGCAAUAAAAUGUUAAAUUUAUGUUGAGAUGGUUUAUUUGCCAAUUCCAUCGAUUUGUCACAGAUGCCAACAAAUAUGAGACAAUCGCACCGCUUCUCUUUGUCUUGCGCAAAUUAAUGCGUGCAUGAGCAUUGAAAUGGUUCAUUUGCAUUUGAGUCGACGGUAAUAAUAUUCUUUGUAUCGAAUAAAACGCAUUUCAUGCAAUUCCAUAAAAAUAAAAUGUAUGCAAGCGGAAAAAUAGUUAGCAACAUUAUAAUAAAUUGCGAGUUUGAUCUUGUUGUAAAAUAUUCCAUUGCAGGAAGAGCGAAAAAUUCAGGUGAUUUGUUUUCCAUUACAAAUUCUCAAUGUUGCAUGCCACUUUUCACGAGAAGCACAAUAUAUAAUUAUAAGCACGUCUACUGCAAGAUUAUGGCAUUAAUUGAUGGCGUCGCUUGGCACUCUCUGCCGGAAAACUUUAAUAUUUGCCACUUGAUUCCUUUUCAGCUUCUGUAUUCGUCAUUUUUAAAACGCAGUAUUUUUUUUAAAAA